AUGGCGUCUCGAUUCCUGGCUUCGAUCGCACUGGCGCUGCUCGUGCAACAGUCGUCCGGCCAAAUCGACCAGUCGGUCUUCGAACUCAAUGCAUGCCCCGACUACGUCCUCUACUCGACCUACCCACACCGGCCACUCACCAAGGGUCCCCUCGCCCUGCCAUUCCAACGACCACACAAGAACUGCCGGACCUUUCACUCGGACGCCAUCGAGUCCGUCAUUAGCGAUGUGACUUCACGCAUGAAGGACGUCGACAUGGCCCGUCUCUUUGAAAACACCUUCCCCUCGACCACAGACACCACAGUCAAGUUCCACACCAACGGCACCGACGGCAAGGUCUCCGAAGCGGUGCGGGCCAAGAUCAAGGCAGCGUCGGGAGGCGCAUACGACGAUGGCAAGUGGGAGGGCGCCCAGUCCUUUGUCAUCACCGGUGACAUUAUUGCCGAGUGGCUGCGCGACUCCACCAACCAGUUGUCGCCGUACCAGCCCCUGGCCAAGACCGACCCUGCUGUGUACAACCUCAUCCUCGGCGCCAUCAACACGCAGUCCGAAUAUGUGAUUGAGAGCCCAUACUGCAACGCCUUCCAGCCGCCGCCUAUUUCUGGUCUGCGGCCCAGCCACAACGGCCAGGACGACAAGGUGCACCCGGCCUUUGAGCCGUCGUUCGUCUUUGAGUGCAAGUACGAGCUCGACAGCCUGGCACACUUUCUGGCCCUCGGCAACGACUUCCAUGACCACACGGGCUCCACCGACUACCUGAACCGGCGCUGGUACCGGGCCCUGGCCACUGUGCUGCGUGUGCUCGACCAGCAGUCUCUGUCGACGUUUGAUCCGGUGACGAACCACUACCGGCGCAACGAGUACACCUUCCAGCGCCAGACGGACACUGGCACGGAGACCCUGAACCUGGCCGGCAUUGGCAACCCGCUCAACAACGGCACGGGCCUGAUCCGCUCGGCAUUCCGACCCAGCGACGAUUCUACGAUCCUAGGCUUCUUUAUCCCGGCCAACGCCAUGAUGGCCGUCGAGCUGAAGCGCACGGCGGCUGUGCUGGCGAAAAUUAAGGGCAAGGAGGCACUUGCCAAGGCAGUCGCUUCGUGGAGCCAGGAAAUCACCAACGGCGUGUGGGAACAUGGCGUCGUGAAACACCGCGAGUUCGGAGACGUUUUUGCGUACGAGGUCGACGGCUACGGUUCGCACAUCAUGAUGGAUGAUGCCAACUACCCGUCUCUUCUGGCACUGCCGCUGAUGGGCUUUCUUCCGGCGUCUGACCCGACGUACCAGAACACGCGGCGUAUGCUGCUGAGUAAGCAGUCGAACCCGUACUACCUCAAGGGCCGCGACUUCAAGGGCAUUGGCGGCCCGCACAUUGGACUACAGAAUGCCUGGCCCAUGAGUCUGUUGAUCCAGGCACAGACAUCCGAUGACGAUGCUGAAAUCCAGGAGUGUCUCAACAUGGUCCUCAAGUCGGCCCCGUUGGGUCUGAUCCACGAGAGCGUUGACGUCAACUACAUCACCUCCUACACACGGAGUUGGUUUGCAUGGGCCAACGGCGUGUUUGCCGAGACCAUCCUGGACUUGGCCAAGCGGAAGCCGCACCUCAUUUUCAAGGCGCCGGCCGAGGCAUACGAGAUUUAA